CGCCGUUCUCUUCACGGGUUCCUCGUCUUCCAGGCAGAAGUAGUACAGGAACGCCGGGGGCAGGAGUUGAUGUUCGUGGUCCUCUCGCAGGGUCAACAUCUUCUUCCGCCUCACUUCGCCUGUCGAGCUGCAGAAGAAGCUCUACUACACCAGCCGCCGACCCAAGAACCUCCUCCUCCUCCUCCUCCCCGAAGAAGGUGGACAUCAAGCGGAUGGUCGGAAUCUACGAAACGAAAUACCAAAAGCCUUUCACGUGGCUGGCAGAGUUUUUCCCGCGUUCCCGGGCAAACGUUGGGCUAAAGUUCAAAUCUCUGAAAACCAGCUUGGAGGCGAGAAGCAUAGG